AUGGAAUGGGCUCGCAUGAUUAUGGAGGCUGAGGGGUCCAACACCCUGUCGUCUGCAAGCUGGAAAGUCAGGAGAACCUGUGCUGCCGCCCUAGCCAGAGCCUGGAGGCCCAAGAACCAGACACGCCGACGACAGCACAGUUCCAGCCUGACAGCAGGAGAAGGUCAGUGUUCCGGCUCCAGCAGGCAGGCAGAGGGACCUUCCAGAGGGUUCUCUCUCCACCUUUGUGUUCUACUCAGGUCUUCAAUGGGUUGGAUGAGGCCCACCCACAUUGCAAGGGUGUCUGCUUCACUGAAUCCACCGUUGCACCUGCUUCUCUUGGGUGCUGUCCGAUUGCAGAGACGCUGUACCCUUGACAGCUCCUUCCCCGCCGGGUGCGCUGGUGCUAGGAUAUCUGCCCUGGUCCAGCUCUGCACCCCUGAGGAGCAGGCUCCUACUCUGGGUUCCAUCAACAAGGAUUGGCCCCCACACUAAGCCAAGACUUUCACCUUGCCAUUGUCUCCUGCCAGCGUCACUGACUCGGUGAGUGGAUCCGACAACGGCUUCCCCAUGCUGUGGAUUCCUUCUAGUCCCCGGCACACUUGGUCCAUCUGGGACAUCCUGCCGGCUCUCAUCUGCUCCUCGGCCGUGUCAUCAGCCUCCUCCUCGGUGGGGGACAUUUCUGAGCUCCUCCCCAAGAUCUGUAGGCAGCUCCUCACGGACGACACUGCAGAUUUGGUCAUGUUCAAGCCUCUGAAUUUUUCCUUAGAAUUGUCUUCUGGAAAUCAUGCCACAGUAAUUUAA